GCCGCUGUCUGUGAUGUUUAAUGUUGUUCGACGGAAAGCGUAAACUAUUGUUUAUUGACAUUUUGAGCGUUACAACGGUGCGCAACCAUGGGGAAAUCUUUUGCCAAUUUCAUGUGCAAGAAAGAUUUUCAUCCUGCAUCAAAAUCCAACAUAAAAAAGGUAUGGAUUGCAGAGCAAAAAUUAACAUUUGACAAGAAGAAGCAGGAGGACCUGAUGCAGGCUUACCUGAAGGAGCAGGACACCUACAACAACAGAUUGUUAAUGGGUGAUGAUCGUGUGAAAAAUGGCCUUAAUUUUAUGUAUGAAGCUCCACCGGGAGCAUCCAAAGAAGAGACUAAAGAGGGAGGAGAAUCUGAGUACAGGUUUGAGUGGCAAAAAGUGGCUCCUCGUGAAAAGUAUGCAAAGGAUGACAUGAAUAUUCGUGAUCAGCCUUUUGGGAUUCAGGUGCGGAAUGUACGCUGUAUCAAGUGUCAUAAAUGGGGUCAUGUGAACACUGAUCGUGAGUGUCCCCUUUUCGGCCUGUCAGGGAUCAAUGCCAGCUCUAUGGCCAGUGAUGAAGCAGGUCCAUCAAUGCACCCCUCCGAGUUAAUGGCAGAGAUGCGAAACAGUGGGUUUGCUCUGAAGAAAUGUGUCCUUGGGAGGGACACGACCAUGUGUGAUCCAGCACAGGAGUUUGUGGGCAGUGAAGGUGAAGAGGAUCCUGAGGUGGAGUUCCUGAAGUCCUUGUCCACCAAACAAAAGCAGAAACUGCUCCGAAAACUUGACCGCCUUGAAAAGAAAAAGGAGAAGAAGAGUAAAAAGGAGAAAAAGAAGAACAAAAAGAAGCAGAAAAAGAAACCAACCAAGAGUGAGAGUUCGACCAGCAGCUCUUCAGACAGCAGUGACAGCAGCAGUAGCGACUCUGAGGAUGACAAACACUCUGGAAAGAAAGCCAAGAAAAAAAGCAAAAGCAAGAGAAGGAGAGAUGCUUCCAGUGACGGCAGCUCUGAGACAAAGCUUGAUAAACACAAGCAGGGGAACGAUCGCUCCCACAGUCUGGACUCCAAACAGACUUGCUCAAAACCGCACUCUCCGACACGCAAUGAGCAAAGCGGAAGAGCAGUGAAGAGUCAAAGAUCACCAGGCGACAAGGACAGAACGAGAUUGGAUGGCAUAGAGAGAUUGAGGGAUGAGAAAGAGAGGCACAGGAGUAGGAGUAAUGAGAGGGGAAGAGAUAAAAGAGACAGGAGCAGAAGCCCUCCGAGAUGGCGGGAUGAGAAUGAGAGAGGUAAGGAGAGACGCGGGAGCAUGAGCAGGGAGAGAGGGAGAGAAAGAAGAGACCGGAGCAGAGAACGAGAGAAGGCUAAGAGAGAAAGGGGCAGAAGUUGUGAUAGAGAAAGUGAUGGUGAUGGAAAUGUGAAAAGGAGUGUCAGUCGGGAACGAGGGAGGGGUCGACAAAAACUGAGCAGAAUUAAUAGCAGAGAUGUUGAGAAAAGGAAAGACAAGGGCAAAGGAAAAUAGUUGAAAUGGACUCAAGUUAGUUUGGCUUCCUCUACUAUAUUGUCUCAUUUUAAAUAAAAACAAAAUGGUUCAGCCAAAAAUAAAAACUUACCCUUAUGUCAUUCCAAAACUUUUACUUUCUUUCUGGGAACAAAUUUACCUUAAAAUGAAUGGUACCAUGGACUUGGGCUUUGUGUUCCACAAAAGAGUCAAGGUUUGGAUGGGCAUGAGGGUGAGAAAACGAAAAUGGAGUAGUUUAACAAAAAUAAUUGGCUCAUUAUUUACUCGCCCUCAUCCCAUCUCAAACUCAAAUGACUUUCUUUCUUCUGCAAAAAAUAAACACAGAUUUUUUUUUUAGAAGGAGAUAUGAUCUUUAUAUCCAAUGCAAGUAAAUGGGGUCCAACACUUUCUAGCUCCAAAAAUGACAAAGGCAGAUAAAUCCAUAUGACUUGAGUGGCUUAAUCCAUGUCUUUUGAAGUUACACAGUUGGUCUUUGGUGAGAAAAAUACCAAAAUGUGACUCCUUUUUCACUCUUAUCUUGUGCAGAAUGCUGUACUGUUAUGCUAACUUUUAUGUCUUUUUUGGAGCUUGAAAGUGUUGGACCCCAAUGACUUGCAUUGUAUGAUAUAAACUCAUCAAAGAAACUAUCUUUGUGUAUAUAAAGUAAGUCAUACAAGUUCGAGAUGACAUAAGGGGGAGUAAAUGAUAGAGAAUUUUCAUUUUUGGGUGAACUAUUCUUUUAAUUUGUGGCAGUGUUUGUAUUUUUGCCAGAAGAGGGCGCCAUGAGAAUGUAGAAACUGUACACUUCUGAAACCAGAAAUUAAAAUGAUGUUUGACUCAUUCUUUAAGGGUGUUUUAAAUAUGGUUUAUGUGAUGUCUUGGAACAACAUGUGUUGGUGCAUUUUUAAGUUUCUUUUUACAAAAUGCAAAUCAGAUAUUGCCAAAUGUAGUUUGUGUCUGAAUAUCUAUUGUUUCCUUGUAAAAUGUAAUGGGGAAAACAUUUCUUAAACACUGAUCUUAUGAUGCUUGAAUUGCAUUCAUUUCUACAAAACUUAAUACCAAUAUAAUAUAUUAAUAACUCUUUCAGCUUUAAUAUUGUUUCAGGGCUUAAACAUGUGGUGUUUCUUUAAAUGGGAUUUGGGACUUCCUACACCUAAUUGUGACAUGGUGGUUUUAAUUCAGCAGUGUAAACAACUUAAGUUACCCUAAAAAUGUGCUUCCUGUGGUAACAUCUAAAUUAACUGCUUUUAUUCAAGUUAUUAUAUUUCAUUAUUUAAUCUGAAUCACCUGAUUACAGUUGGUGACACCAUCGAAAGUAAUUGUUAAGGGUCUGUAGGACAACUAAAGUUAAGAUACCUAGGGUAAUAAGUACGAGGCUAUUCUCACUAACUAAAUGUUUUCUUAACUUUUGGGGUUUCUUUCAACCAGUUCUAACUCGGAUAGAAAUAGCUCUUUGUUAACAACUGCACAUUUUCAAUUUUUUCUGUGACUGUUUCAUGGGCGUCAAUUUUUAUUUUUUUUUUUUAAAGUGGUGGCGACAUCCGCGUCACUGGCGAAACUCAUGAAUAUGAAUUAGUUUAUGCGCAGAUAAUGUUUUACUGUUUUGAUAAAAAGUAUGUCUUGUUAACCAAUUCAAGCACUCCAAUAAACAUUCUACAUAAUUGAUUUUGAUAACUUGAUCUGUAUAUCUAAUACUAUCAGUUCUGGGAUUUUGUUUGUCAGAAUACAAGGAUCAGUUAGAUAGACUGUUGUGAGAAUGACCCGCUAAUACAAAGAAUACGGGGUUCUAAUCCGCCCUAAUAUAACUUUAAUUUAGUAGAUUACAUCUGUAUGUCGGUUGAUAUAUUGCAUGAGGGGUGGGACAUAUGACAGGCGCAUAUAUAUAUAUAUAUAUAUGAGAUGAAUAAUUCAAUCCUACAUUUCUGCGAUGCCAAAGUUACCACAAAUGUUUUUUAAGAUAUACGCAUUUCAAUGUAA